AUGGCCGCUGAACAACCCCAAUUUAUCAAUACGUACAGAUCAGAAGUCUGUUCUAGCGCCAAGGAAAUUCUGCAUCAAACCAUUCCUAACAAGCUGGAGAAGCUCGAUGAACUUAUUGAAACGAAUGCUAUGCUUCAAGUUGGUUACUGCGACGAAGCCAGACAGUUUUCAGUUGAUUCUCUUGAAAAAUAUGAAAACGCGCUGAAAGAGAUGGAAGCAGAAAAGCAGAUGGAAGAGGAAGCAGCCGAUGAAGAUGACGAAGUCCCAGUCAAAAAGACGAAAAUCGAUGCUUCAUCCGAAGUUUCCGUCGGUCUUUCCAAAUCGAAGGCUUCGCAAAUGUCAGAAGGCGCUGUUGACGAGCGACUCCGAAUCCCAGUUAAUAAGCACAUUGUCGACUUGUACAACAUUCUUAAACCUGAGCUGAUCGAGCUUGGACAGCACUGCCAGCAGCUCAAGGACUGGAUUACCAUUCACGUUCCUCGACACGAAGAUGGCAAUAACUUUGGCGUUGAGGUCCAGGAGGAAGCACUCAACGAGUUGCAGGCAAUCAAGGAAGAAACGACGCAGACGAUCGACGAGCAGUCUGCGUACCACAUUGCACGAGCGAAUAUCAUGGAAAAGAUCGUUCAAGAAAGCAACAUCGAAGAUCUCAAGAUUUUUGUACUCGACGAGGAUGAAAAACAGUGCCGUCGAUUACGAAACGUCGCAAUGACUGUGCGCACAAACUACACGACUAUCCUCGAUGUGAUAACAAAGAACUACGAUCGACUCACCAACCCAAGAGGAAACUCUGACGCUUCUGUCAUUGGCGCUACCACGGCUGCAUCACUUCUUACAACAGCUGCCGCUCUCGUCGUUUUCUUCAGUUACAAAUGCGACAGUAUCGAAUUCCUCCAAACUGGCAUCAUCCUCUAUUACAUAACGAUCUUCUUGAGCCUUGUUGAAGCUAUUCUGCUCUUUUGCGCAUUUGGAAGGGCUUGUUGCGACAGUCAAGGAUGUGGAAGCAGGCUGAACACUUUUUUGACAUAUGUAGUUCAGACCCUCCUUCUUUUAUUACAAGUAAUGGUUAUUAUCUUUAUCUGCAUUUACGGAACUGGACCUGCCUUUGAAAACAUCAUCAAAGACACCGAUGGCGGUCAAGAAUUGCUUGACAAGCUUGAAGAGGCUCAGAAUCUCGCAAACGAGGGAAUUCAACGACAUGAGUUCACUGCUUCGAGCAAAAAUUAA